AUGGCUACGAUCGGACACAACAAUCUCAAUGCAAAAUUGGUUCUUCUUGGGGAUAUGGGUGCCGGUAAAUCCAGCCUCGUUUUGCGAUUUGUCAAGGGUCAAUUUCUUGAAUUUCAGGAAUCAACAAUAGGAGCGGCGUUCUUUUCACAGACAUUGGCAGUAAAUGAUGCAACCGUGAAAUUCGAGAUUUGGGACACAGCGGGACAGGAGAGAUACCAUAGCUUGGCUCCCAUGUAUUACAGAGGCGCUGCUGCUGCUAUCAUUGUCUAUGACAUCACAAGCUCUGAUUCAUUUUCACGAGCUAAAAAGUGGGUCCAAGAGCUUCAAAAGCAAGGUAAUCCGAACAUGGUCGUGGCUCUUACUGGCAACAAAUCUGACUUGGAAGACAAAAGAAAAGUGACUGUUGAAGAAGCACGUGUAUACGCAGAGGAAAAUGGUCUGUUUUUCAUGGAGACCUCUGCGAAGUCUGCAGCCAAUGUUAAUGAAGUAUUUUAUGAAAUUGCCAAGAGAUUACCAAGGGCUCAGCCAGCUCAAAAUCCAGCAGGGAUGGUUCUUGUUGAUAGACCCGCCGAAGGAUCUAGGGCUGCAUCAUGUUGUUCAUAA